AUGGCAUCACCUGUAAAACUGCCAGCUGGUGCUACUGAAAACUCCGACGUAAGGGAGAUCAGACUCCGUUUUCAGGUUUUAUCGGUAAGUAAAUGGAAAGCACAAACAUAUAUUAUGUGGAUUCUACUUCAUAGUAACACGACUAAAGUAGUGAAUUUAAAUUAUUUGGAUUAGAUUAGAGAAUGAAGUUUAAAGUUUGUGUUUGGCAAUUAAAAAGUUGUACGGGAUCUGAUUUGACUGUUAUCAUGUGUUGUGGUGUAUUAUCUAGUGACGCGAAGAUAGUUUUAUUGGUAAAGAAUUUUUAAAUAUAUAUAGUGGUAGGUAUUCCAUUAUUGAGGACAUGAUGAAGAACAAUGUUUUUGUGUGAACACAGUAAUACGAAAAUGCUUUGUUAUUACGUAGGUAGCAGCUGCAUUGCUCAGUAUACAGAUGUAUGUGCAUCAGAGCAUAAAUUCUGUAGAUGUAGGAGUUACAUUAAAUGAAUUGCAUGUUAAUUAUGUGUGUAUUAUUGCACUGAUGAAAGUAAAUGUUACAUUUGUGGUUAAAUGUGUGUGCUGUUGUGGAGCAUCUUGAAAACUUAAAUAAUAUGCAACACGACUGUGUGAACUUCAGAAAACAUUGGCUUCUUAUCCAAGAAGCUUCUCUAUUUCAGAAUUGCUAGGGUGCAUGUGUGUGAUUUACUGAAAGGGCCCAGAAAACAACUGGGAGGUGUUGGGUCGUCAACGCUGGGUGUGUCCCCUUUUAAUUUAAUUGUUAACCUGAAAGAGUUAACAACUUGGAGAAAGCCCUCAAUGACCACACCCAGGGUAUUUUCAAUGAAAACAAACAGGGUAUUUCAUUCCAGGUGGAGUCUGAAUGUUAUGUCCUAUAGUGGUGUUUUAGGUUCAAAUGACCAUACUUUGUGUUUUUGAUGAUGUUGUUAUGAUUACUUAUUCCUGUCUGUUUUUUGUUUCAGUAUGCAAUAAUGGACGAAACCCUAGACAGACGGGCCAUCUUCCAUGAAAGUAUGGCGUGCCAUACUUUUGCACUCACGACAACAGCAAGAAUGGCACGCCAACUAAAAGCAGCAGAACAACGGUCUGCUUGUCUUGAAAGAGCAAUGACAACUCAAAAAGAGGAAAUUGCACGCUUAAAAGACACGAACCUCACUCUAUCAAAGCAAUUGGAGGAAGCCCAAGUGGGUCUUGACAGCAUGUGUAAGUAUUUAUCAGUCAUGUUUGUCUUUAUAUAGGUGAAAAUUAUAAUGUGUUAUUGAACACAUUGAAUAAAUGUAAUAUGUAAUUCAUGUAUUGCAGUGGUAAUUGUUGUAUUUUUAUGUGUGUAAUUUCUUUUUCACUGUUUUGACUCAUAUGAUUUUUUUUGUGUAUGUGUUGUGAUGUACGUGGUCAGUCUAUCAAUAAUUGAUUAAGUGUUAUUUUAUAUGUGUUUAGGUGAAGCAGUUGGUUUUUUUGCAGAUGAAGACAAGGCUGGUGAGGGUGCCAGCAAUGUCUCAGGAUUGCAAAGUAAGUAUGUGGCAUUGUUUGUAAUGACAAAGAUGAAGAAGACAAUAGAAUUCCAAAUGUGGGGACAACAAUGAGGUGCUGUGUGUGUGUUCAUGUUACACAUGUGGGAAUGUUGCAUGUCCUGUUUUUAUGUAAACUGAAAGUGAUAAUUUAAAACAUUAUUAACAUUGAUUUGAAUCAUUUUUAGGUAUACCACCAGUGGAAGCAGCUGACAAAGACCUCACCUCAGCUGACAAAGCAAUUGCUGGUGGCCUUGAUGUAGUAGAGGAGGGGUGCACGUUAGAUGAAAACUGUGACUCUGGAGAAGUGGGAGACAUGUCUUUUUUUUUAGAUCCAUUGUAGUUAAUUAUUGAUUAUGUGUGAUUCUAUGUUUACUGUGUGUAGUCGUGUGGGUGCUUUUAUGUUUAUUAUGUGUAAAUUUUGUUAAAUAUCAUAGUUAUUAACAUUAUUAGAAGUUCAGUUUGUCGCUGUAGCCUAUAUUUCUUAAUUAUGUAAAUAAAGGAUUGUUCUGUAACCCUUAAGUACCCAUUAAAAUUUACAGACACUUGCUACACUCGUGGUCAAACAUUCAUAUUUCUGUUUACUUUAAAGCAUUAUAUCUUGUCAACAACUUCAAACCUAUCCAUACAUAUAAAGGUUAUUUUAAAAAAACAUAUUUUUUAGGUCUUUUGUCGUGAGAACCCAUGAUUUUUGUAAGUAGAAAAACAAAAAAUAUGCAAUAAUUCCAAAAAUGAGGUGCAAAGUGAAAGAUUUUGGAUAAACAUAUAAAAGCCCUGACUAUGUCAACAACUGAUACAAAUAUUGAUUGUGUUGUAUAAUUAUAAGUGCACGAUCACAGUUUCCAAUAUAAACUUAUACUGCUUACCCUCAUGCCAAAAAAAAGACUUCUUAUAAUCUUGUAAAAGUGCGGUGAAAAACUUAUACAUCCCAAUUUUUUCUUUUGCUUUAAAUCAUUAUAUCAUGACCUAUCCAUAGAUGUAAAGUGUAAUGAAAAUAUAGAUAUCAAUUUUUUUUAGGUUUUUAGUCAUUUUUAUCUAGCAAACCCCUGAUUUUUUAAUUGGAAUAACACAAAAAAUGCAAUAAUUCCUAAAAUGAACUUAUUAACAACUUAUCUCAAAAGUGAGGACCUCAACCUAUAUACCAGUUUUUAAUUUGUGUUGAUAGGCCAAAUAAAACCAGAGUUAUGAUAAAUUAUGUCCGCGAUACUUUUUUUCUGCUUAUUUUGAUCACGUUCGGCGCUCGAUCGCGCUGUAUGAGACAGGAAAACAUAGCAUGCAGCAUUAGCGACAGGUCUUACAGGCGGAAAAGGCUUGCCAAAAGAAAAAAAAACACACCACAACAUCUCUCCUAUUGGUGGAAAACUUCACCACAACAACCAAUCCAAAAUUAUAUGGUGACUGAUUGACAAGGGGCGGGCGCUUACGUUCUUCCUGCAACAUGAGAAGGGAGGGAGGGACUCUCAGCAGGGAUGCAGUCUGGGACACGUAGUUGCAAACCUAGCGACUUUGUUGUUAGAUUCAAUGACUUUUCAGACCCCCUAACGACUUUUUUUUAGAAAGAAAGGGACUUUUAUCGACUUCUUCUGGAGUUUAGAGACUCUGACAUGAAGCAGGCUUUCCUUACUGAGGAGUUAGCAACGCUGCUAAGGGUGCAGAGCCACACAUGCGCUCAGAGCUCUGCAUGGGAGACUGAAGCUGACAGAGCUGCAGCAGUUAGCAGGUUUCACCCUCAGAGACCACCAGGGGUUCAUGUUGAGGCAUUUUCAGUUUUUUUUUUUUUUUUUGCCAUAGACACUGUCAGCACAAUCUGCAGUUACACUAACAAAAAUGCUGCAAAAAACAAAGAAUUAUGGAAAAAUUACACAUGGACUGACAUAGAGGAGGAUCUACACAAGUUUUUUACAUCAUGUUUUACAUCAUGCAUCAUUUACAUCAUGUUUUUUUGUAGUGGCAUAAAUAAAAAGUGACAUUUGUGAGACUAUACAGUGUUUUGUAAAUAAUUUUACAAAGAACGCCUGGGCCAUUGCCUGCAUUUUGAUGUAAAUAGAGGUAAAUUACUAUGUUCUUUGUUAAAAAUUUGCAUAUGUUUUGAAGUUUACAAUUUUUAUUUGAAGUUUAAGUUUAAAAAACAGUUCAUCACAGAUAUUUGUGGUUUGAUUUCACAUUAAUUUCCAUAUUGUAUAAACAACUGGAAAAAACUUGAGCCCCUGCCCCUGUAUAAUCAUGUGCAUGUCUCUGUUCUACCUCCAAGGUGAAUCUUCACUGCUCAUGUUCUCCUCAGAAAUAGUCACCUCACUCCCCUCAGGUUACUGUACACAUGCACCAACUAUCUGCUUCAGGUUUGAAAUGGAGCUUCAUGGUUGUCUUUUGGAGAAAUGAACAGUCAAGUUGUGUUUGAAAUUUGAUUUUUUUCAGGGGCAAAAGGAAGCCUCUGCAUUCUUGUCAAAUAUGUAAACAGCAUGUUUUUGCAGGUGCUAAAAAACAGACUCUGAGUGUGUGUGUGUGUGUGUGUGUGUGUGUGUGUGUGUGUGUGUGUGUGUGUGUGUGUGUGUGUGUGUGUCUGUGUGUGUAUGUUGGCGUGUGUGUAUAUGUGUGUGUAUCCUGCAGUACUCUGUACUCCUGCAGUGGCCAAAAAGACUUUUAGGAAUGUGGAUUUUUGGGUCAUCUUUGGCGCCCCCUAGAACUGCAGUACUCUGUACUCCUGCAGUGGCCAAAAUGACUUUUAAGAAUGUGGAUUUUUGGGUCAUCUUUGGCGCCCCCUAGAACGUAAACCGUGGGGUGCAGCGUCAUGAUUUUUACAACUUUGAAUGGGCAUGGGGUGUAGAUUGCCCUGAGCAAAUUUGGUAUCAGUGGGACGAAAGCCUUAGGAGGAGAUAGCCACAUUCCAAUGUGUGCGAAUCGGCAAAAAAUGCAAAAUAGCCCUUUAACCGUACAUUAUACAGAUACGCGCUCUUUGACUUUUUCGUAGAUCUAAUUGAGAUACACAUGAUUGUCAAUUUCUGUGUCAAUAUGACAAAGCGUUCAGGCGUGACACUCAACAAUGUGUAUUUUCAUGUAAGGGGACAAGAAAAAAUGGACUUUUGUCUCCUACCAUGGGGGGGCGCUCUUUUGGGGAGUAAAAAUUCCUUCACAAAUGUGUUGAUGGCUGGACAUUGCAUCAUCCUAGAAAACUUGGAGGCCAGUGAGGACAAAAAUAAAAAGUUAUAAAACAUUUAAGAAUGUGGAUUUUUGGGUUAUUUUUGGCGCCCCCUAGAACCUAAACCAUGGGGUGCAGCAUCAUGAUUUGAAUAACUUUUAAUGGCCAUGGGGUGUAGAUUGGCCUGAGCAAAUGUGGUGCCGGUGGAACGAAAGCCUUCGGAGGAGUUAGCGAAAUUCCAAUGUGUGCGGAUCGGCAAAAAAUGCGAAAUAACCCUUUAACCGUACAUUUGACAAAUACGCCCGCACUGACUUUUUUGUAGAUGUUAUUGAGAUACAUGUGUGUGUCAAUUUUUGUGUCAUUUUGACAAAGCGUACAGGCGUCAGGUGAAUUUUUCACCUUAGGGGGCGCUAUGGAGCCAUUUUGCAUUGUAUUGUUUGGGCGACUUCAGAAUAUCAAAUUUUUCACCAGGCCCGGUCGUCCUGCCAAAUUUCAUGAGUUUUCGCCAGUGGGAAGUGGGCCAUUUUCCAGUUCAAAGGGGAGGAAAAAGAAAAAAGAAACAAAGAAAAACCACUUGGGGAAUAAUAGGGCUCUCGCAGCUGCUUAGCAGCUACGCUCGGGCCCUAAUAAUAACAAAAGAAGGAAACAUGCAGGAACAAGAGGGCUCUCGCAGCUGCUUAGCAGCUACGCUCGGGCCCUAAUAACAAAAGAAGGAAACAUGCAGGAACAAGAGGGCUCUCGCAGCUGCUUAGCAGCUACGCUCGGGCCCUAAGAAACAAAGAAAAACCACUUGAGGAACAACAGGGCCUACGCCCGGCUGCUCUGCAGCUGGCUCGGGCCCUAACUAGGGCCCCGUUGGGGCACUGGCGGGCCCGAGCCGUGUCGCCUCUGCAUUCUUGUCAAAUAUGUAAAUAGCAUGUUUUUGCAGGUGCUAAAAAACAGACUCUGAGUGUGUGUGUGUGUGUGUGCGUGUGUGUGUGUGUGUCUGUGUGUGUGUGUGUGUGUAUCCUGCAGUACUCUGAGAAGAAUAAUAAUCAUAUUUCUGAGGUGAAUUUUGAAGAUUCAUCUGAGAGUUAGGUUUGAUUCGAUUCGAUUGACGCUCCCCAGCGUUCAAGUCACAUGACAUAUUUAACCGGAUGUAGCUGCAAGACGGAGCCUCGUUAACUCUCCGUUUCAACUUAUCUCAAAAGUGAGGACCUCAACCUAUAUACCAGUUUUUAAAUUGUGUUGAUAGGCCAAAUAAAACCAGAGUUAUGAUAAAUUAUGUCCGCGAUACUUUUUUUCUGCUUAUUUUGAUCACGUUCGGCGCUCGAUCGCGCUGUAUGAGACAGGAAAACAUAGCAUGCACACAUUAGCGACAGGUCUUACAGGCGGAAAAGGCUUGCCAAAAGAAAAAAAAAACACACCACAACAUCUCUCCUAUUGGUGGAAAACUUCACCACAACAACCAAUCCAAAAUUAUAUGGUGACUGAUUGACAAGGGGCGGGCGCUUACGUUCUUCCUGCAACAUGAGAAGGGAGGGAGGGACUCUCAGCAGGGAUGCAGUCUGGGACACGUAGUUGCAAACCUAGCGACUUUGUUGUUAGAUUCAAUUACUUUUCAGACCCCCUAACGACUUUUUUUUAGAAAGAAAGGGACUUUUAUCGACUUCUUCUGGAGUUUAGAGACUCUGACAUGAAGCAGGCUUUCCUUACUGAGGAGUUAGCAACGCUGCUAAGGGUGCAGAGCCACACAUGCGCUCCGAGCUCUGCAUGGGAGACUGAAGCUGACAGAGCUGCAGCAGUUAGCAGGUUUCACCCUCAGAGACCACCAGGGGUUCAUGUUGAGGCAUUUUCAGUUUUUGUUUUUUUUUGCCAUAGACUGUCAGCACAAUCUGCGGUUACACUAACAAAAAUGCUGCAAAAAACAAAGAAUUAUGGAAAAAUUACACAUGGACUGACAUAGAGGAGGAUCUACACAAGUUUUUUACAUCAUGUUUUACAUCAUGCAUCAUUUACAUCAUGUUUUUUUGUAGUGGCAUAAAUAAAAAGUGACAUUUGUGAGACUAUACAGUGUUUUGUAAAUAAUUUUACAAAGAACGCCUGGGCCAUUGCCUGCAUUUUGAUGUAAAUAGAGGUAAAUCACUAUGUUCUUUGUUAAAAAUUUGCAUAUGUUUUGAAGUUUACAAUUUUUAUUUGAAGUUUAAGUUUUAAAAACAGUUCAUCACACAUAUUUGUGGUUUAAUUUCACAUUCAUUUCCAUAUUGUAUAAAUGACUGGAAAAAACUUGAGCCCCUGCCCCUGUAUAAUCAUGUGCACGUCCCUGUUCUAGCUCCAAGGUGAAUCUUCACUGCUCAUGUUCUCCUCAGAAAUAGUCACCUCACUCCCCUCAGGUUACUGUACACAUGCACCAACUAUCUGCUUCAGGUUUGGAUGGAGCUUCAUGGUUGUCUUUUGGAGAAAUGAACAGUCAAGUUGUGUUUGAAAUUUGAUUUUUUUCAGGGGCAAAAGGAAGCCUCUGCAUUCUUGUCAAAUAUGUAAACAGCAUGUUUUUGCAGGUGCUAAAAAACAGACUCUGAGUGUGUGUGUGUGUGUGUGUGUGUGUGUGUGUGUGUGUGUGUAUGUGUGUGUAUCCUGCAGUACUCUGUACUCCUGCAGUGGCCAAAAAGACUUUUAAGAAUGUGGAUUUUUGGGUCAUCUUUGGCGCCCCCUAGAACUGCAGUACUCUGUACUCCUGCAGUGGCCAAAAUGACUUUUAAGAAUGUGGAUUUUUGGGUCAUCUUUGGCGCCCCCUAGAACGUAAACCGUGGGGUGCAGCGUCAUGAUUUUUACAACUUUGAAUGGGCAUGGGGUGUAGAUUGCCCUGAGCAAAUUUGGUAUCGGUGGGACGAAAGCCUUAGGAGGAGAUAGCCACAUUCCAAUGUGUGCGAAUCGGCAAAAAAUGCGAAAUAGCCCUUUAACCGUACAUUAUACAGAUACGCGCUUUUUGACUUUUUCGUAGAUCUAAUUGAGAUACACAUGAUUGUCAAUUUUUGUGUCAAUAUGACAAAGCGUUCAGGCGUGACACUCAACAAUGUGUAUUUUCAUGUAAGGGGACAAGAAAAAAUUGACUUUUUUCUCCUGCCAUGGGGGGGCGCUCUUUUGGGGAGUAAAAAUUCCUUCACAAAUGUGUUGAUGGCUGGACAUUGCAUCAUCCUAGAAAACUUGAAGGCCAGUGAGGACAAAAAUAAAAAGUUAUAAGACUUUUAAGAAUGUGGAUUUUGGGUUAUCUUUGGCGCCCCCUAGAACGUAAACCGUGGGGUGCAGCGUCAUGAUUUGUACAACUUUUAAUGGCCAUGGGGGGUAGAUUGGCCUGCGCAAAUGUGGUGCCGGUCGAACGAAAGCCUUCGGAGGAGUUAGCGAAAUUCCAAUGUGUGCAGAUCUGCAAAAAAUGCAAAAUAACCCAUUAACCGUACAUUUGACAGAUACGCCCGCACUGACUUUUUUGUAGAUCUUGUUGAGAUACAUGUGUGUGUCAAUUUUUGUGUCAAUAUGACAAAGCGUACAGCCGUCAUGUGAAUUUUCACCUUAGGGGGCGCUAUGGAGCCAUUUUGCAUUUUAUUGUUUGGGCGACUUCAGAAUAUCGAAUUUUUCACCAGGCCCGGUCGUCCUGCCAAAUUUCCUGAGUUUUCGCCAGUGGGAAGUGGGCCAUUUUCCAGUUUAAAGCGGAGGAAAAAUAAUAACUAGGGCCCCGGUGGGGCACUGGCGGGCCCGAGCCGUGUCGCGCCGCCCCCAGCGCGACCGCCUCCCCCUCCCUAUCGCGUCACACUCAAGGUCCUCAAGGACCACUUGUCUGUGGUCAUUUACCAUUAUAAUGAAAGGGAGGCGCAGUUUCUACCAAAACGUUUGCUGCAGAAAAACUACAUGUCCUAUUUGAAAAAAGUGUGGACCAUGAGUGAGGGCACAAACACAGCUAAGAGAUAUCCAAAUGGCAAGUUGCUCCUCUUUUUGGUUUUGCCGAGAGAGCGAUGCGUUUGAGCCAUUGAGCGAUGGGCAGGAAAAAUGGACUUUUUCUCCUCCCAUGGGGGGGCGCUCUUUUGGGGAGAAAUAAUUCCUUCACAAAUGUGUUGCUGGCUGGACAUUGCAUCAUCCUAGAAAACUUGGAGGCCAGUGAGGACAAAAAUAAAAAGUUAUAAGACUUUUAAAUAUGUGGAUUUUAGGGUUAUCUUUGGCGCCCCCUAGAACCUAAACCGUGGGGUGCAGGGUCAUGAUUUGAAUAAAUUUUAAUGACCAUGGGGUGUAGAUUGGCCUGAGCAAAUGUGGUGCCGGUGGAACGAAAGCUUUAGGAGGAGUUAGCCACAUUCCAAUGUGUGCGAAUCGAUCAAAAAUGCGUAAUAGCCCUUUAACCGUACAUUUUACAGAUACGUGCGCAUUGACUUUUUCGUAGAUCUUAUUGAGAUACACGUGAUUGUCAAAUUUUGUUUCAAUAUGACAAAGCGUACAGGCGUGACACUCAACAAUGUGUAUUUUCACCUUAUGGGACAAGAAAAAAUGGACUUUUUUCUCCUGCCAUGGGGGGGCGCUCUUUUGGGGAGUAAAAAUUCCUUCACAAAUGUGUUGAUGGCUGGACAUUGCAUUAUCCUAGAAAACUUGGAGGCCAGUGAGGACAAAAAUAAAAAGUUAUAAGACUUUUAAGACUGUGGAUUUUUGGGUUAUUUUUGGCGCCCCCUAGAACGUAAACCGUGGGGUGCAGCGUCAUGAUUUGUACAACUUUUAAUGGCCAUGGGGUGUAGAUUGGCCUGAGCAAAUUUGGUGCCGGUGGAACGAAAGCCUUCGGAGGAGUUAGCGAAAUUCCAAUGUGUGCGGUUCCGCAAAAAAUGCAAAAUAGCCCUUUAACCGUACAUUUGACAGAUACGUGCGCAUAGACUUUUUCGUAGAUCUUAUUGAGAUACACGUGUGUGUCAAAUUUUAUGUCAAUAUGACAAAGCGUAUAGGCGUGACACUCAACAAUAUGUAUUUUCACCUUAGGGGACAAGAAAAAAUGGACUUUUUUCUCCUGCCAUGGGGGGGCGCUCUUUUGGGGAGUAAAAAUUCCUUCACAAAUGUGUUGAUGGCUGGUCAUUGCAUCAUCCUAGAAAACUUGGAGGCCAGUGAGGGCAAAAAUAAAAAGUUAUUAGACUUUUAAGAAUGUGGAUUUUGGGUUAUCUUUGGCGCCCCCUAGAACGUAAACCGUGGGGUGCAGCGUCAUGAUUUGUACAACUUUUAAUGGACAUGGGGUGUAGAUUGGCCUGAGCAAAUUUGGUGCCGGUGGAACGAAAGCUUUAGGAGGAGUUAGCCACAUUCCAAUGUGUGCGAAUCGAUCAAAAAAGCGUAAUAGCCCUUUAACCGUACAUUUUACAGAUACGUGCGCAUUGACUUUUUCGUAGAUCUUAUUGAGAUACACGUGAUUGUCAAAUUUUGUUUCAAUAUGACAAAGCGUACAGGCGUGACACUCAACAAUGUGUAUUUUCACCUUAUGGGACAAGAAAAAAUGGACUUUUUUCUCCUGCCAUGGGGGGGCGCUCUUUUGGGGAGUAAAAAUUCCUUCACAAAUGUGUUGAUGGCUGGACAUUGCAUCAUCCUAGAAAACUUGGAGGCCAGUGAGGACAAAAAUAAAAAGUUAUAAGACUUUUAAGACUGUGGAUUUUUGGGUUAUUUUUGGCGCCCCCUAGAACGUAAACCGUGGGGUGCAGCGUCAUGAUUUGUACAACUUUUAAUGGCCAUGGGGUGUAGAUUGGCCUGAGCAAAUUUGGUGCCGGUGGAACGAAAGCCUUCGGAGGAGUUAGCGAAAUUCCAAUGUGUGCGGUUCCGCAAAAAAUGCAAAAUAGCCCUUUAACCGUACAUUUGACAGAUACGUGCGCAUAGACUUUUUCGUAGAUCUUAUUGAGAUACACGUGUGUGUCAAAUUUUAUGUCAAUAUGACAAAGCGUAUAGGCGUGACACUCAACAAUAUGUAUUUUCACCUUAGGGGACAAGAAAAAAUGGACUUUUUUCUCCUGCCAUGGGGGGGCGCUCUUUUGGGGAGUAAAAAUUCCUUCACAAAUGUGUUGAUGGCUGGUCAUUGCAUCAUCCUAGAAAACUUGGAGGCCAGUGAGGGCAAAAAUAAAAAGUUAUUAGACUUUUAAGAAUGUGGAUUUUUGGGUUAUCUUUGGCGCCCCCUAGAACGUAAACCGUGGGGUGCAGCGUCAUGAUUUUUACAACUUUGAAUGGGCAUGGGGUGUAGAUUGCCCUGAGCAAAUUUGGUAUCGGUGGGACGAAAGCCUUAGGAGGAGAUAGCCACAUUCCAAUGUGUGCGAAUCGGCAAAAAAUGCGAAAUAGCCCUUUAACCGUACAUUAUACAGAUACGCGCUUUUUGACUUUUUUGUAGAUCUUAUUGAGAUACACGUGUGUGUCAAAUUUUAUGUCAAUAUGACAAAGCGUAUAGGCGUGACACUCAACAAUGUGUAUUUUCACCUUAGGGGACAAGAAAAAAUGGACUUUUUUUUCCUGCCAUUGGGUGGCGCUCUUUUGGGGAGUAAAAAUUCCUUCACAAAUGUGUUGAUGGCUGGACAUUGCAUCAUCCUAGAAAACUUGGAGGGCAGUGAGGACAAAAAUAAAAAGUUAUAAGACUUUUAAGAAUGUGGAUUUUGGGUUAUCUUUGGCGCCCCCUAGAACGUAAACCGUGGGGUGCAGCGUCAUGAUUUGUACAACUUUUAAUGGCCAUGGGGGGUAGAUUGGCCUGAGCAAAUGUGGUGCCGGUCGAACGAAAGCCUUCGGAGGAGUUAGCGAAAUUCCAAUGUGUGCAGAUCUGCAAAAAAUGCAAAAUAACCCAUUAACCGUACAUUUGACAGAUACGCCCGCACUGACUUUUUUGUAGAUCUUGUUGAGAUACAUGUGUGUGUCAAUUUUUGUGUCAAUAUGACAAAGCGUACAGCCGUCAUGUGAAUUUUCACCUUAGGGGGCGCUAUGGAGCCAUUUUGCAUUUUAUUGUUUGGGCGACUUCAGAAUAUCGAAUUUUUCACCAGGCCCGGUCGUCCUGCCAAAUUUCCUGAGUUUUCGCCAGUGGGAAGUGGGCCAUUUUCCAGUUUAAAGCGGAGGAAAAAUAAUAACGAAAGAAGGAAACAUGCAGGAACAAGAGGGCUCUCGCAGCUGCUUAGCAGCUACGCUCGGGCCCUAAAAAACCACUACAGGAAUAACAGGGCCUACGCCCGGCUGCUCUGCAGCUGGCUCGGGCCCUAAAGAAGAAGAAGAAGAAAGAAGAAUCCAUCAGGAACAAUAGGGCUCUCGCAGCUGCUUAGCAGCUACACUCGGGCCCUAAAGAAAGAAAAACCUAUACAGGAAUAAUAGGGCUCUACGCCCGGCUGCUCUGCAGCUGGCUCGGGCCCUAAUAACAAAAGAAGAAUCCAUCAGGAACAAGAGGGCUCUCGCAGCUGCUUAGCAGCUACGCUCGGGCCCUAAAGAAACAAAGAAAAACUCAUCAGGAAUAAUAGGGCUCUACGCCCGGCUGCUCUGCAGCUGGCUCGGGCCCUAACAAGAGGGCUCUCGGGCCCUAAAGAAGAAGAAGAAGAAGAAAGAAGAAUCUAUCAGGAACAACAGGGCUCUCGCAGCUGCUUAGCAACUACGCUCGGGCCCUAAUAAAACAAAUCAUGGGUGGAUAUUGUAAUUUAUAUGUUCACUGUUAAGUCAAUUUUUGUCAUACUUGAAUUACAGUGUUACAUUUAGGUUACAUUGAGUAUUAAACAGUUCCCCCUUCCUGACUUGGUAUAGACCUGAUUAAUAACCCCGCCCGCCUGUGCCCGCCAAGAAGUGAGAAAAUCUGUCCGUGCCAUCUUGCCGUUUGCUGCCUGCAGACCCGUAAAUCAAAUUUGGAAUUUUUUCUUUCUGUGACAUGUAGUUACUAAGUAACUUUUUUGUCACGCUGUACUAGCAAGUUUUCAAUUUUGCCAGAGGAGAUUUUGAUUGGAUUAAAAUAUCUGCUUGCUCAUUUUUCUUUUUCCUUUUUUUUUUUUUUUUGCAUGGAACAACAUGGCCUGUUGGAGGUGUGUGAUUUGCUUAGUUUUUUAGUCACCUUAACACUGAAGUCUCUUUUGAGCCAGAUUAACACAGCUCACAGUCGCAAUCCAGAUUUCUGUGUUAUAUAUGGAAUUGAUGGUUGUACCGAAGAAUACAGUCUUCAACUCCUUCUACAACUGGGCACCCGCCAACAGGAUGGAUGACGACAGCGACAUCUGAGCCAUCUCGAGUUGGGGGUGAAAAUUUUGGUAUACCAAUUUUUACCGACUGUGCCACUCAAACAAGAGGGAUAAGGACCAGCAGUGACAUCACAACCGUCACCCCAAAUGAAAUGUUGCAGCAGGAGCCUGAGGAUUUUCUGAGUCAACAUAUGGAUUAUCAGGUAAUGUAAUGUUGGCUUCCUUGACGACAUUAGACAACUUCCUGUUUAUAUAUUGUUCAUAUUUUAGUACAAAGCCUCCUUGUUUUCUGACCUCCUUCUGUUUGACUUGUUCAGUUUUUAUUUUGACAUUAUGCUGUUAGUACAACACUUUGGGCUCUAUUUUCAAAACCUGCUGCCUCAUAUCCCCUGAGGUGUGUGAAUGUGUGCUCCGCUUAUUGAGCGGGGUGUCAAAAUGGGACCUACCACUGCGCAGGUUUUGCAAGGUCGCUGCACCACUGGUGGUUACAAAAAUAGAGCCAUAAGUGUUUAUUUCAAACUAACAAGAAAUGCUGAUAUAGUAGGAAAUAUAACACUUGCGUCAAACAAAGCAUAACUUAUUGUAUAUAUCAUGUCUACAGGAAGGAGCUGGUACAUUAAGUGACAAUCUUACCAGACAUGCAGCUGCCUUUGCCAUCAACGUUCGGGAACAAUGCCACCUUUUCCACGUAUUGUGCUACCAAUAUUCACUGCCAUUAUUUUUAAUAUUAUAAAUAGUAUGUUAAUACCACUUCCAAUACACCAGAUGAAUCAAUCAAAAUCAAUACUGUAGUAAAGUUAUACAACAAAUAAUUCUGCUCACGCAAUGCACCAUUUGUUAAGUGUGAACACUGACAUUUAUAUUUAUGGAUCAUUUUUUAAUCAAACCCAUUGUAAACAACAACAGCCCCAUAGUUUGUGACAAGAAUACAUACAAAAAAGGAAGAUUCCUUACCUUCUAUUUCUUUUAGUAAUCCAGGGUCAUGUCAGUGGACAGAAAGGGUCCGUGACAAAGCACUGCAGUGUUAUCCUGAAAAUGCACAAACUCAAUAAACUUCCUGUGAUAAGACAAUGACCUUUUUGGUCUAAAAAUGUUUUUUUGUGGACACUUGAUGAGACACAUUAGUUUUAGGUUAUUGAACAACAAGGAUGUGUCUUAUACUUUUUUUGUGUGUGUGCUUUUUUUAAUGUUUCAGAGGAGUGUCAACACUAUUGUCUCUGAAGUCCAGCAAUAUCAAGCUGCUCUUCUGAAUACCUUGAGGGACACCAUGAGGAGGGUCUUCGAAAGACACUCAAGUGGUAUGGAACAGCUCCAAGAGGAGGCGCUGGCAACACUGGACAAUUUUCAGCAUCCUUUCUCCAUAAUGGCCACUAUAUACAUGCAGGACAGAACCAUUCAGAAGCUUUUCAACCCAGUUAAACCAGAGGAGAUUGUGAUUUCUCAGAGUUUGCAGAGUUAAGAAAGGACAAACAAGGGUUCUUGCAAUCAAAAACUAAAGUUUUUAUUAUAAACCCCUGAUUAAGAGUCUUGAACAAUUCUUGUCCAACUCCAGAAUUUUGGAUAUGAUCAACACUGCACCACAGAGUUGCCCCAAAGAAGGGUUUUUGUAUGACAUUAUUGAAGGGAGUCUUUUCAAAUCCCACCCACUGUUUUCAAUACAACCUUCAGCUUUGCAGGUAAUUUAGUAUACUGAUGAAACAGAGAUAUGCAAUCCCCUGGGGUCACAUGCUUCUGUCAAUAAGUUACUAAUGGUAUAUUAUACUUUAGGAAACAUAGACCCCAAGUUUAGGUCAAAACUUUCUGCAAUCAGACUACUUGCUAUAGCAAAAGCUAAUUAUAUUGAUGAGUGUGGUGUUGAUGGUUUAUUACAAAAAAUUGAUGAAGAAUUACAGUUGCUGUAUAAUGGUGUCAAAAUCCGAAUGGUGAAAUGGAUUUAUUUGGAGCUGUCAUUUCAGUAUGUGGUGACACACUUGCACAACAUAACCUUGCUGGUUUUAAGGAAGGAGUGGGUGUUGCUUACAGUAAAUGUAGGCAUCGCGAGUGUAGCUUUGAGGAAAUGCAAAGGAAUUUUGACUAACAGAGUUUUACUAAAAGGACAGUGGAAAAACACAUUAGACAGUGCAUUGAAAUCGAAAGGGCGAUAUCAGCCCUCAAAACCAUCUCUGGGAUAA